AUGAAUCCCUUCACCAUCUUCCUCACUCUCAUAGCCAUCUUCACCUCCACCCACGCCAAACCCACCACCCCCUCCACCCCCCGCUCCUCCUUAACCUACGAAGCCUACCUCUUCGUUUACUUCGUCCGCAACUCCAUAGGCGGCGAAAACAUCUUCCUCGCCGCCUCCGACCCCGGCGACAUCCUCACCUACACCGCCCUCAACGCCUCCGCCCCCAUCCUCACCUCCUCCAAAGGCUCCCUCGGCCUCCGCGACCCGUUCAUCACCCGCUCGCCCACCGGCGACAAAUUCUUCCUCCUGGCAACGGACCUCUCCAUCGGGCGCGGCAUGUCCUUCACCGACGCCCAGCGCGUGGGGAGCAGGCACAUCGAGGUCUGGGAGUCGCCUGACCUGGUGCACUGGUCCGAGCAGCGGCACGUGUUAGUCGCGCCGCCCGAGGCAGGCAACGCGUGGGCGCCGGAGGCGUAUUUCGACGAGGGGCAGGGGAUGUGGAUUGUCUUCUGGGCGUCGAGUCUUUACGAGGAGGAUGAUGUGGAGCACACGGGGAAAUCGUAUAACCGCGUUAUGUACGCGACGACGAGCGACUUUGUGGAGUUCAGCGAGGCGCGGGUGUGGCAGGACGCCGGCGGCUCGCGGUAUGAUGCUACUGUCAUCGAGGUGGACGGGGUGUACCACCGCUUCACCAAGGACGACUCCGGCAACGCCACAGGGUGCCGGGACAUAAUACACGAGAAGUCGAGCAAUUUGUCAUCAGGCCUGGACGGGUGGGACGUCGUCGCGAGUUGUAUUUCCACCACCGCCGGCGUGGGCGAGAUCGAGGGCCCGGCGGUGGUGAAGUCGAACCCCGGGGAUGUGAAUGGGGAGAAGUACUUUUUGUUCGUGGACGAGUUUACGGGGCGGAGGUACAUCCCGCUUGUGACGGAGAAUAUUAGCAAGCCGGACUGGAAGCUGGCGGGGGAGGGAUGGGUGAUGCCGCCGAGUGCACGGCAUGGUGGGGUGAUGCCGAUUACGGCGGCGGAGCGGGAGGCGGUUUUGGGGGCGUAUCCACCUGGGGAGUGA